CAGCGGAAAGUUCUGCUGCGGAAGAGGGAUGAGAAGGAGAUGGCUGAACUUAGGUAGCCGCGCGUCUGCUGAUAUCUCCACCAUGGACCUUCUCCGGAGGAACGAGCUUCGCGGAGGACGACCGCUCGUCCUCGCGGUGGUGUUCGGCUGGUGUCUCGGGGCCGUUGGCGCUUUCGGACAGAACCUAGACACCGAGUUCACGUUUCUGGUGCCAGCCGGAAGACUCGAGUGUUUCUAUCAAUCGGCAUUAAAGAACGGAACGAUGGAGGUCGAGUACCAGGUGAUAGCGGGUGCCGGUAUGGACGUCGACUUCACCAUCACGUCUCCAGAUGACGUUCAGCUCAUCGCAGAGUCUCGCCGCUCAGACGGAGUCCAUGUCGUGGAGCCCACCGUGGAGGGAGACUAUCAGAUCUGCUUUGACAACAGCUUCAGUCGCUUCUCAGAGAAGAUGGUGUUCUUUGAGAUCAUCAUCGAGGGUCAAGGAGGAGAUGUGGGGGGAGAUGAAGAGUGGCCGGGAUUGGUGGAGCCUGAUGGAAGUCUUCUGGAGUACAAGCUGGACGACAUUCGGGAGUCCAUGGACUCUCUGCACAAGCGCCUGGAGCGCAGCCACCAGAUGCAGACGGUUUUGCGGGCUUUUGAGGCGCGGGACCGAAACCUUCAGGAGGACAACCUGUGGAGGGUCUCGUUCUUUUCCUCUGCCAGCGUGCUGGUGAUGCUGUGUGUGGCGCUCACACAGGUCUACACCGUACGUAAACUGUUCGACGAUAAGCGGAGGGUCUGCACAUAGAGAGCAAGAACAAGCUGGUCACCCACUCCGACUGCGCUCGCCCGUUUUUCAUUGAGUCUCCUCGAACGCUCAUCAGUUUGAAUUGAUUUUACUUUUAAGAAUCCUCUUUUACUUCAGUUAGUGAGCAAUAAUAAAAUGUCAUUGAACCAUUGAGGGUAGCCAGAGGAGGUUGUUUGGUUUAAUUUAGUGCCUUUUUAAUGUGAAAUCUUACCACAAACCAACAGGAAAUGCAUUUAAAAAAGGCGCUUCCUGCAUAGACAGAACAGUAGCUUGUAGCCUAUGUUUGUGAAACUGAGGUGAGGUUUCUAUAACAUUUAUGUUCAAGGGGAAAUUAUCCUUGCUAAAGGUUAAAGGUCGGUCUACGAGGGAUGACAAUGUGCAAUAGGGUUGUUGGCGUAUUUGUUCUUCCUGAAAUUUAAAGAUCUCUCCCCCACAUUAGCAAGGCGUCCAUCUGACGCGGCGUUUACUCGGUUGGGGAGGGUCACUUGGUACUGAUUUCUUUUUACGUGUCGGCUCAAGUCCACGCUGACCUGUUGCUCAGUGAGAAUCUGGAAUCAGAAGGGGGCGAUUUUCAGUGUGUGUCAGUACUCUUCCAGACAAUUUUGUAGUACGUAUGUUUAUGUCAGUUCAGAUAUGCAUCGGCAUAAUUCAGUGAACAUACGGAUUGUUCGUUGUGUGUUUUGGGGAUCUCUGGCUUCUGUUCGGUCUGCUAGAUCAAACUUAUGUUUCUUCUCAUAUGUAUGUGUGUUUUACCAGAACUUAUAUGAGGUUCAUGCUAUUAAUGAAUGCAUUUUUUAUACAAGAAGUACUUGGUUUUAUGUCUUUGAUGAGUAAAAAAUGGUACCACAGA